AUGCUCACCAGGGUGUCCACCAAGUCCGGCAGAGCCCUCUGCCGCUCCGCCAUUCGUUCCUCUGCCGCCCGUGUAUCCGUGAAGGAUGCGCAUCGCUCCUUUGUUCAGCCCUCCGGCGCCGACCGCGCCAGUGUAGUCGACGUUCCCUCGUCAUACCAAGAGGACACGGCGUUCUCACCGCGCGGCGACAUGUUCGGGUUCAAGCUUGAGUCUCGUCGCGAGGACGGGCUUUCUGAGAAAACUCGUCCCAUUUACCUCGACAUGCAGGCAACGACCCCAGUUGAUCCCCGGGUGCUGGACGCUAUGCUGCCUUACCUCACGGACCAGUACGGGAACCCCCACAGUCGGACGCAUGCGUAUGGUUGGGAGGCUGAAAAGGCGGUCGAGGAUGCCCGCAUGCAUGUUGCCGAUCUCAUCGGUGCUGACCCCAAAGACAUAGUCUUUACGUCUGGAGCGACGGAGACGAACAACAUGGCUAUCAAGGGUGUUGCGCGUUUCAACAAGGAUAGAAAGAAGCACGUUAUCACCACUCAGACCGAGCACAAAUGCGUGCUCGACUCCUGUCGUAAACUUCAAGAGGAGGGUUUCGACGUGACAUAUCUCCCGGUUCAGACGAAUGGGAUCAUCCGCCUUGAAGAUCUGGAAGCCGCCAUUCGACCUGACACUUCUCUCGUUUCAAUCAUGACUGUGAACAACGAGACUGGUGUCAUUCAGCCUAUGAAGGAGAUCGGAGAGAUUGUUCGUAAACAUCGCGGCCUUCAUCUGCACACAGACGCGGCGCAGGCGGCAGGCAAGAUCCCAGUCGACGUCAACGAAUGGAACAUCGACCUUAUGAGCAUCUCCGGUCACAAGCUGUACGGUCCGAAGGGUGUGGGUGCGGCCUAUGUCCGGCGCCGGCCUCGUGUCAGGCUGGAGCCUAUCUUGAGUGGUGGUGGCCAAGAGCGUGGGUUGCGGAGUGGCACUCUUCCCGCCGCGUUGGCAGUUGGGAUGGGGGAGGCGGCGAGGAUCGCGAAGCUAGAGAUGGCGAGAGAUAGCGCGCGGGUGAAGGAGCUUUCAGACCGGCUCAUCAAUGGGAUCAACUCCCGUGUAGAGCAUGUCGUCCGAAAUGGCGAUGUAACCGGGUACCCUGGUUGUGUCAACUUGAGCUUUUCGUACGUUGAGGGCGAGAGUUUGCUUAUGGCGCUCAAGGACAUUGCGCUCUCGUCUGGCAGUGCAUGCACAUCCGCGUCCCUUGAGCCAUCAUAUGUCCUGCGGGCCUUGGGAGCGGCGGAGGACAUGGCGCAUUCGUCAUUGCGUUUCGGCAUUGGUCGCUUUACGACCGAGGCCGAGAUUGAUUACGUGGUCGACAAAAUCGUCGCAGUCGUCCAACGGCUGCGCGACAUGAGCCCGCUAUGGGAAAUGGUCCAGGAGGGCAUUGACAUCAACUCUAUCGAUUGGUCUCAGCACUAA